GCUGCGCCGGAAGUGACGUAUAAAGGAGGCGCCAGAGAGCCCCGGCGGCGUGGUGGAACGGAAAGCAUGACCCGCUCCCGGCGACAGGUGGAGGCGGGCCGRAAGAAGCGUGUCCAGGCCCGGCGGGCGCGCGCCGGGAACAAGAAGGACCCGGGGGUGCCGCAGCUCGGCCGCUUCGCCGCCCACGUCCAGCAACAGAACGAGACCCGGCAGAAACGGGCGCUGGAGGCGCAGCAGCGGCGAGAGGGGGCCCGGGGAGCGGCCGUGGGGCAGCGCCGGGGCCUGGACGCUCUCCAGGCGGACGCUCUUCGGCGACAGCGGAACUUCCAGAGCCAGGAGAAGGAAGAAGAGGAGGAAGAGCCCUCCCAGACACCCCAGGAUGAGGCCUCACUGCGCCAGUUUGGGCGGGAGCUGCGCAAGGUGUUGACAGCAUCUGAUGUGGUGCUGGAGGUGCUGGAUGCCCGCGACCCCCAGGGCUGCCGCAGCCCCCGACUCGAGGGGGCCCUACGGCCCCACCAGCGCCUUGUGCUUGUCCUCAACAAGAUCGACCUGGUGCCGCGGGAUGUGGUGGCUGCGUGGCUGAAGCACCUCCGGACCGAGUUCCCCACCGUGGCCUUCAAGGCCUGCACGCARCAGCAGAGCCGAAAUCUGAAGCAGAGCCGGGUGCCGGCGGCCACAGCCCCCGAGGAGGUGCUGGCAGGGGGGGCCUGUGUGGGUGCCGAGAGCCUCCUGCACAUCCUGAGCAACUACGGCCGCUGCGGGGGGGCCAAAACCUCCAUCACCGUGGGGGUCGUGGGGUACCCCAAUGUGGGCAAGAGCAGCCUCAUCAACAGCCUCAAGCGCAGCCGGGCCUGUGGGGUGGGGGCRAUGCCCGGAGUCACCAGGUGCCUGCAGGCCGUGCAGCUGGACCGGCACAUCCGGCUCCUGGACUGUCCCGGUGUGGUGCUGGACUCCGGGGACCCCCCGGCUGCUGCUCCACUGAGGGGGGCCCUGGCCCCACAGCGCCUGCAGGACCCCCUGACCCCUGCCUGCGCCAUCCUGCGCCGCUGCCCCACCCAGCAGCUGAGCGAGCAGUACGGGGUCCCCCCCUGCACUGACCCCCUGCAGUUCCUGGCCCACUUGGCCCGAAGGCAGGGCCGGCUCCGCCCCGGGGGGCUGCCAGAUGCCCACGCUGCUGCUGUGGCCCUGCUGCGCGACUGGACCAGCGGGAAGAUCUCGUACUACACCCAUCCCCCCAAAUCGCAGGGGGUGCAGCUCGCGGCCCAAAUCCUGCCAGCGCUGGGGCCAGCGCUGGAUCUGGAGGCGCUGGAACGGGGCGAUGCCGAGGCACUGGCAGCUGUCCCUGUGACAGUGACGGGCCUUGGACUGUCCCCGGGCAAUCCUGAGGAGGAGAAGGAGGAGGAAGGAGGAGAAGCCAUGGAGGACGACAGCGGCAACCUGGAGCUUGGUGCAAUGACGGUGGAGCUGAAGCCCAGGGUGAAAUCGGGGGGCACCGGGUUGGAGUCAGUGCCCCGAGCCCCUAAUCUGGAGGAGGUGGCUGCGCUUCCCCCUCUGCUCCAGGGACAGGGGCUGCGGGCAGCUGGAAAAAGGAGGAAAAAGCUGCAAAAAAGAGCAGAGAAAAUUGCCACAAAGCUGUCAGAGACACUGGAAGCGGCCAUGCAGUUCUGAGGCGUCUGCAAAUGAAAUAAAAAUACUAACAUUUAAGUGAGAAAUAGUUAAAAGAAAUCCUUUAUGAAAUAAAAGAACUGGGGGGAGAUGGGUGUUAUAGGUGGUUUGGGGAGUCCUGGGGGUCUCUCAAGCAGGAGGUUGAAAUGUGGAUGUUUUUGGGGGUCCCCAUGUCCCUGUGGAGGCUUUGGGAGGUCUCACCCCAUYUCACAGCUGGGUGGGUGAGUGGGAAU